AAUGUCUUCUCCAAUGCUCUCUCCAGCUUCCAACCGUCUAGUACAUACUACCUCGAAGUUUCAUAUUGACGUCGCCCUAAGAGCAGCAUUCCAAAGGACGAUCGAGUGGUUCUCCACCGCACUUAUAUUCUGAGCUUCGUCGCCUCAUCCAUCACAAAAACUUGCCCACGAUCUACACUUACCUGAACUGCCUUCUCCCAUUUUUGCGCUAAGAUUACUCUUUCGCCUCAACAAGCUUGCGCUCCGCCGAAGCGCGCCAUCUGUGUGGCCAGCAAUUCACAUAGCACGUAGUCCCGUUUCACCAGCAAGUUAAUCUCCACGCAUUGACCGGUAGAAGAGCCCAUUAGGAGCUAACAAAGGUUAUAGUAGGUGUCGGUGUCAUCGCGUUUCCUGUGUUGGAAAGCAGCGCGAACCUGAUUUUAUAGCACCUGGGGAUGAAGCCAUGGGGACGCCUUCUAGUGGUGAGGCCGAUGGCCCAAUGCAUGGGGCACCCAAUUGCAGUGCAGAUUGCAAUGGGGCAGUCGAAGGCGGCUAUACGACGGGGUUGAACAUAGUCCCGACCGAAAAGCUAGAAGCUGUCUCAAACACAAAGUAUGACUACAUCGUAGUCGGAGGAGGUGCGGGGGGCAUCCCCCUCGCGGCCGCCUUGGCCGAAGACAAGAGCCUUAGAAUCUUACUGCUGGAAAGAGGGGCGUCACGGGACGAACAUCCGGAAACGCGGAUGCAAAGCAAAUGGGUCGACCUGGCCAAGACCGGCGCUGUCGAGUUGCUGCGCACUGAGAGCGGCGUAUGGUCUGCCCGGGGCAAUGUUUUGGGCGGCGGAACCGCGGUCAACAUUGGAUUUUGGGGCCACGCCAGCCCGGACAACAUCAAAGCGGAGGGCUGGGACGCUGAGGCUAUGCAAAGCGCGUAUGCGUAUCUGGGCGCCCGGUUGUCUUUCCCGGGCACUGUGGGACCGGUGCAGGAGCUGAUCCAGGAGGCGUGGCAGGAAGUAGGAGUCGGGUCAUUCAACGGAGUGACCCCGGAGCAUGUCCCCGGCGUGAAGACGGUCAUGCUGACGUUCAAUUCGGACGGCGUCCGACACGCUGCGGACGAGCUGCUGGUGGGGGUCAAGAACGUCGACAUCGUCACUCGAGCGCUGGUGUCCGGAGUCUGCUUCUCCGAUGACGAUGGCGACCUGACGGCGAUCGGGGUCGAAUUCGAGGGCGCGGACGGCGUGCCCCGUCACGCUCACGUCAUUCCCGCGGGGGGUGAGGUCAUCCUGUGCGCGGGCGCGGUGGGUACCCCCCAGCUGCUCGCGCUCAGCGGAAUCGGACCGGAACCGGCGCUCCGGGGCCUCGGCAUAACCCCCCGGGUCAACCUCCCUGUCGGGCUUAACCUCGCGGAUAACCCGCUUGUCGGGCUGCUAAUCCAGUUGGGCGACUUCCCCAGGGAGCGGGGCCUGGCCUCAGUCGCCGGCAUAACGGGGCAGCACAUCCACCUGGCGAUGGUCGGGGAGAAAGCGGCGACGGGGGGAAUAGCCUGGGGGAUCGUGCCCGACUUACCGCCCCGGUUGCGAACCCCCGAAACCCUGGCAGCGAUGGCAGCCGCGGUGGAGGCGCUCUCGCCGGAUGACCGGGAGCAGCUCACUCGGGCGGUGCUGGUCUUAGUCAAGGCCUACCGGGUUAAGUCCCGGGGCAGCGUAACCCUCCGAUCAACCGACCCCCGCGCGCAGCCGGCGGUCGACCUCGCCCAUUUCCAGCACCCUGAUGACGUCACCGACGGCAUUGCUGCCAUCAGCGUUCUGAGAUCGAUCCUUGGUUCCCAAACCCUGAACCCCUGGAAGUGCGACACGGUCCCCGACGCGCUCCUGCGGCUCGUCCCCGGCCUGGCCGCCAUCCCCCCGGGGCAGUUUCCCGGGGCGCUCCCUUUCCUCCCGGACGAAGCAGACGCCGCCACGUGGCUCAAAGACAAGGUGGUCACGUGCUGGCACACGCACGGCACGUGCCGGGUGGGCGAGGUGGUGGACACGUGGCACCGCGUGAAGGGCGUGAGGGCGCUGCGCGUCAUGGAUGCGUCGGUCCUGAGGGACUGCCCGGGGACCAGUCCGAUGGCGACGAUCAUGGCGCUGGGCAGGGUUUUGGGGCUGCGGAUGUGCGCGGAGCGGCCGCGCCGCUGAGCCGAAGAGAGGACAAAUCGACGGAACGAAUGCUGACCGACUCGUUUGUGGUGUUCAAGAUGCCGCUGGAAACGGAUCUGCUUUAGAUAGAUGUUGCGUUCGUCAGAUAAAAGUUUGUCACUUGUGGGUUUGUUUCUGUAGAAUUGCAAGUUGGAGUUGGUUUGGCUACGGCAGAGUACGAUAACAAGCCGCGCGGUGGGUUCUUUCCUAUCAGUGCCGCCUUGAGGCUUUUAGGAAGCACCAUGCACAUGAGGUGAUCUUGAAGGCUUUUGGGGGGGUUGUUUGGCCUUGCAAAGUGUGUGUCCUCCAGAGGACCCCUGGAUUUCAAACUUUUGAUCGAACAGUGUGAAGGCAAAGUCGUUUUCUACGGCUCGAGAACAUUGAUCCCCGCGAGCGAUGGGUAUGUUUCAGCACACAUUGAAACGGGCACUUUGAAUGAUAACUUAGAGCUUUGAUUCAGAACUGCCUGGUGGGCAUGUAGACCUCGAGAUGGAUGGAAGUACAAUACGGGACGUUGUCAAGCUAGAUUGUCGACUUUCAUCGGAUAGUAUAUGUGUGACAUGAUGGAGAUUGCGGACGGUCCUUGCCAUCGGGUUGUCGAGUGCAAGCUAGGCCUUUUCUCAACGGUCGCGUCUGAUCCGCAUGGCAAAGGGCACCGCGAAGAAAGGCAUGUUGCUGACUCUGCGGCCAGGCGUCUUAUAGCCUACAUUUAUCAGGUGUAAGCGCG